CAGAAGAUAUUGAUCAAUAAUUGCGCAGAUAUGGGCGCAUCCAAGAAGCAGCUGGCCGAUCCCCUGCGCAUACAAAUCGGCGGAGGUGGCACCAAUGGGAAGCAGGCGGCCCUCAAUCGUGUGACAACCACCAAGUACAAUUGGCUGACCUUUCUGCCCCUCAACUUUUACGAGCAGUUUCGCCGUGCCGUGUACUUUUACUUUCUGCUCAUCACCAUUGUCUCGUUCUUCGUGAAUGACACCAUUUCCCCGCUGGUUUCAUUGAUUCCUUUGCUGUUUGUGAUGGUCAUAACGGCCCUGAAGGAGGGCCUGGAGGAUCUGGCGCGUUCCAGGAGUGACACAAUUGUCAACACAGCCAGAGUCACCGUCAUUCGCAAUGGCCAGGAGCAGUGCAUCGAGUCGGAGUUCAUUGUGCCCGGCGAUCUGGUGGUUGUGGGCAGCAACGGCGACAUACCCUGCGAUCUGGUGCUGCUGCAGUCAUCGGGCAUGGACAACAAAUGCUUCGUUACCACCGCCAAUCUGGAUGGGGAGUCGAAUCUGAAGACCGUCUUCGCACCCACCAACUACACGCUCGCCAUGGAGGGCUGCAUUGUGUGCGAGGCACCCACGCCGGAUCUCUACAGCUUCAAUGGGCGACUGGAGCUGGAGGGGGACGCGCUGCCGCUGCCGCUGACGCUGGAGAGUCUGCUGUUGCGUGGUGUACGUGUCAAGGACACCGAAAGGAUUGUGGGCUGUGCCAUCUACACGGGCAUGCACACCAAACUGCAGCUGAACAGCCGCUACACGGGCAACAAGUCCGCCUCCAGCGAGAGGUACAUCAACAGGUUCAUGGUGGCCCUCAUUCUGGGCAUGAUUGUCGUUGUGGUGGGGCUCUACAUGGUUGAGCGGCACAAGGAGGCCCAUGUGGUGCCCACCAUGCCCUUCCUGGGACCCCCGUCGAACUUCAACUCGUUCUGGCAAGUCUUCGAGGACUUCCUGUCCUUUCUGCUGCUGUUCAACUACAUGGUGCCGAUAUCCGCCUACAUGAACAUCGAACUCUAUCGCAUUGCCGGUGCCCACUUCAUGCAAUCCGAUCUGCAGCUCUACGACGAGGAGACCGAUCAGCCCUGCCAGGCGAACGCCUCCAAUCUGAACGAGGAGCUGGGACAGGUCAACAUUCUGUUCUCGGAUAAGACCGGCACUCUGACCAAGAACCUCAUGAACUUCCUCAAAUGCUAUGUGGACGGCAGGGACUACCAUCUGCAGGGCGCACAGCUCUACUCGCCCGCCUCGGACGAGAAGGUUGAGCUGGCCACGCUGCAGACGCAGGCCAGCAAGUUCUUUGAGGCUUUGACCAUUUGCCACACGGUGGAGCUGCAGGCGGCCGGCGAGGGCGUCUCGUCCGAGGCAGCAUUGUCGGAGAGGAGCAGCCUAAUGUCCAGCGGCAAUGUGGUGGGCCGCUACCAGGCCUCCAGUCCCGACGAGAAGGCCCUGCUGGAGGGCUGCGCCAACUUGGGUCUGGUGUACGAGGGCUGCCACAGCAAUCAGCUGCGCAUCCGUCGCUAUCCCGCUGGCGAGGAGCUGCACUACGAGCGUCUUCAUGUGCUCGAAUUUAGCUCGGAACGCAAGCGUAUGAGUGUCAUAGUGCGCGAUGGCCAGGGCGCCAUCUGGCUGUAUAGCAAGGGUGCCGAGAGCAUCAUCUUCCCGCGCUGCCACCAGAGUCCGGAGCUGAGUCGCACCGAUGCACAGAUCACGGAAUACGCACGGCAGGGCUUGCGCACGCUGGCCGUGGCCAGGCGCCGCCUCACCGCGGAGGCGUACACCAGCUUCAUGGCUCAGUACAGGAAUGCAAAUACCCAGCUGACGGACAGAAACAAUCUGAUCGCAAAGUGCUACGAAACGGUGGAAACUGGACUCGAUCUGCUUGGGGCCACUGCCCUGGAGGAUGCCCUGCAGGACAAUGUGGGCGAGACGUUGGUUGCCUUGAGGGCGGCUGGCCUGAGGAUCUGGGUGCUCACGGGCGACAAGGUGGAGACGGCCUUCAACAUUGGCCUCGCCUGCCAGCACAUACCACCCGGCGCCACGGUACACUACAUGGUGAAUGUGACGGAACGCACGGAGCUGCUGCUGCGACUCAAGGAGAUUAAGUCGGCCAUUGGCAAGGACUCCUCCCGGGAAGCCCUGGUGAUCGAUGGCGCCACAGUGGCCUCGCUGCUGGCACACGCGCCCAAACAGUUUGCCGAUGUGGCCCUCAAGUGUCGGGCCGUGCUGUGUUGUCGCCUCAGUCCGCUGCAGAAGAGCGAAAUUGUGACACUGAUCAAGCGCCGGAGGAAGAACCACAUCACAGCGGCCAUUGGGGAUGGCGCGAACGAUGUGUCCAUGAUACAGGAGGCACACAUUGGCAUUGGCAUCACGGGGCGAGAGGGCAAACAGGCGGCUCGCUGUGCAGACUAUGCGAUAGCCAAGUUCGAGAUGCUGCAGCGGCUCCUCCUCGUCCAUGGCCACUACAACUCGGAGCGCUUGGCCUUUCUGGUGCUGUUCUAUUGCUACAAGAAUAUCAUCAUCACGGGCUGCAUGGCCCUGUUCCAGGUCUACGAUCUGUACUCGGCCACAAAUGUCUACAACUCGCUGUUCCUUUGGCUCUUUGACAUUGUCUACAUCUCGUUUAGUUUCACCAUUUUGGCCAUAUCCGAUAAGCCAUACAGCGAGGAGACGCUGCUUAGACAUCCUGAGCUGUACAAGCGACUGGCCCACAACAAGCAGACGUCUUGGAGCAGGUUCAGCCUGUGGAUACUCAAUGGUGCCAUCCAGUGUCUGAUCAUAUUCUACUUUGCCUAUGCCGUGCUCAACGACGACAAUGUCGUGUACAAUGUGGGACAAACUGCGGGCUUUCAGACCUUUGGCUGCAUGCUCAUAACGAUCAUUGUGAUUGUGGGCAACCUGAAGCUGCUGCUGCUGGCCCACUACCUGACCUACCUAAACUUUGCCAUUAUUGUGGGCUCCAUUGGCGCCUUUAUGCUGACAACGUAUCUGUACAACCUGCUGACAGGGUCGGAGCUCUACUUGGUCUACAAUCUGCUGCUGGGCUCCCUGCCCCUGUGGCUAUACACGAUCAUAUGUUCGGUGGCCUGUUUGCUGCCCGAUUUCACCAUGAAGGUCGUAAAGGAUAUGCUCAGGCAACCGCUUCCACUCGACACCCAAAAGCGCGCACUAAACGAAGAAGGAAAUCCGAAAGUUGGAAAUGUCUAA